AGCUCGGCCGGUUGCCGGCUGCCGCGCAUGCGCAAAGGCAGCGUCGUCCUUUCCGUUCCGUCUGUCACCUCACACUUAGUGCCUCCGCAUCCGGCGAGCGGCAGCGGGAUCAGCAUCGGGGUCGCCCUUUCUCAUUCCCUUCUGUUUCCCGGCCGGGCGGCGGGUAUCUGUCAGGGUUCCCGGGUGCCGCCCGGCGGCUGUGUUUGCACCUCCAUGGAGGAGCCGCUGGCCCUGCACCCCGUGAAGCUCUAUGUGUACGACCUGUCCAAGGGCAUGGCCCGGCGCCUCAGCCCUCUUAUGCUGGGGAAACAGCUGGAUGGCAUCUGGCACACCUCCAUAAUAGUCCAUAAGGAUGAGUUCUUCUAUGGCAGUGGAGGCAUCUCCAGCUGUGCACCUGGAGGGACACUCCUGGGCCCUCCAGACACAGUUGUUGACUUGGGGAACACUGAAGUCACAGAGGAAAUUUUUCUGGAGUAUCUUUCCUCUUUGGGGGAAUCAAUGUUUCGAGGAGAGUCUUACAACCUCUUUGAACAUAACUGCAACACCUUCAGUAAUGAAGUGGCACAGUUCCUGACAGGAAGAAAAAUCCCUUCCUACAUCACUGACCUUCCAGCUGAAGUUCUUGCCACACCUUUUGGACAAGCUUUAAGGCCCCUCCUGGACUCCAUCCAGAUCCAGCCACCCGGAGGCAAUACCUUCAGCAGACAUAAUGGACAGAGCUAACAGGAGUGACCCCGUGCCCAGCCUCACCAGGCCUCUUCCUUUUUAAACAUGAAUCUACCAGAUUUCUAUUUUGUAAUUUCCCAUCAGAGUUAACUCUGCAGAGGUUGCAAGACAAGUUUUAAAAUUUCCUAGGGAGAGGAUUUAUCAGGGUGCAUGUGAGCCAGUGCUACCAAAAAGAUUGCCAUAAUUUCUAAUAGCAUUGUACUAAUUUAUAAAGAUUGUCUUGUCCAAGUAGGCUGACACUUUCUGAGUAACUCCUGUGCUGGUAAGUGGGAAUUCAUUUCAUGAGCAUUCAAGGGCCCAUUACAUAAUUUGGAGUAAAUAAGGUGAUGACCUUGCUAUCCCUUGCAGGCUUGGAUCUCCUCCUUCUGUCACUGCCUAGAUUGUGGGGGGUAUUUACUGAAGUCUUCAGGAAAAAGACAAAGGAAGUGUGGGUAGCCUAGGAAGCAAAGGUGUCCCAGGAAUAAUCUUCUGCAUAUUUCAUGGAUGUUAUGUAAUUUGCUCAGGGGAAAAAGCUCAGCUCAUCUAACUGGAGUAUUUGCAGUGGCUCAGCUGUGUGGGAAAAGUUAUCAAGCUGAAUUGUGUGCCAGAGAGAGGCUGGAGCUGAAGGUCACUGAGAGCCUUGUAAUUCAAGAGUUGUGGGAAGGUACCAGCUGAAAGAACAGAAUCUGAUGAGCAGAAGAGGUGGAAAGACAUUUCAGGUGAAAGUUAAAUGAAGUGAAAUGUUUCCCUUCCUCACAUGUAAGCCUCUCAGCAGAGAGACAACUUCUUGUUGCUGUAAGAGCUGUGAUAGAUUCUUCUUCUUUUUCCUUACCAAGCCAGAGUGACAGUACAGCAAGACAGGAAUAGCAGUGGCAACUGCACAUCAGUUCUGCCUUCAGUAUCUGGUUGCAGACAUGGUAGGAGUUCCAACUUUCUUUGAUAUUGCUGUCCUUUCCAAAGCAAUCAAGCACAUCACAGAAAGGGCUCAAGGGCUCUGCUGAAGUGUUAAGUCCCCCCAAGAUGUAAAGCAAAUGAGGAAGAGUAAAAUCAGGCUUUUCUGUGGAACAAUGGAGUUUAUUGGGAUACAUGCAGAAGCAGUCCUGUCCAUUGGCAUUAGAUUGUAUCAAUACUCCAUCAUCUGGUUUAAGAUUCUUACAGCUUUUGCAAUUAUUUGCAGUGGGGGGAAAAAAGAUCAGGGGAAUGGGAGAAUAGGUACAUUGAAUUCUUUUCAUGCAUGUAUAGAAACCUAUUUUCCUGAACAAUUUUUGUAGCAGUUACAUUUGGGAAGGAACACAGGAAAGACAGCA